AGGGAGGAGGAAAAUGAAGAAGAAGAAGAAGAUGAUGAUGAUGACGAUGACGAUGAUGAAGAAAACGAGGACGACCCGCUCGUCGUGCAGACCACCAAGGGCAAGGUUCGCGGCGUAACGCUGGCUGCGACGACGGGAAAGCUGGUGGACGUGUGGAUGGGAAUCCCAUACGCGCAGAAACCCGUGGGACCACUCAGGUUCCGCCAUCCUAGGCCCGUGGACCGCUGGGACACCAACGGCGAGAUCCUCAACACCACCACUCCUCCAAACAGCUGCGUCCAGAUCAUCGACACGGUGUUCGGUGACUUCCCGGGCUCGGUCAUCUGGAACCCCAACACGCAGCUGUCGGAGGACUGCCUCUACAUCAACGUGGUGGCGCCCAAGCCGCGGCCGCGCAACGCCGCCGUCAUGGUGUGGAUCUUCGGCGGCGGCUUCUACUCGGGCACGGCCACGCUCGACGUGUACGACCACAAGACGCUCGUGUCCGAGGAGAACGUGAUCCUGGUGUCGAUGCAGUACCGCGUCGCGUCGCUGGGCUUCCUCUUCUUCGACACGAGCGACGUGCCGGGCAACGCGGGGCUCUUCGACCAGCUGAUGGCGCUCCAGUGGGUGCACGACAACAUCCACUACUUCGGCGGCAACCCGCACAACGUGACGCUGUUCGGCGAGUCGGCCGGCGCCGUCUCCGUCAGCAUCCACCUGCUGAGCCCCCUCAGCAGAAACCUCUUCUCACAGGCCAUAAUGCAGUCCGGCUCGCCGACCGCGCCGUGGGCCAUAAUCGACCGCGAGGAGUCGAUUCUGCGCGGGCUGCGGCUGGCCGAGGCGGUGGGCUGCCCGCACACCAAGGCGGAGAUGCCGUCCGUCAUCGACUGCCUGCGCCGCAAGAACGCCACCGAGCUCGUCAACAACGAGUGGGGCACGCUCGGCAUCUGCGAGUUCCCCUUCGUGCCCAUCAUCGACGGCGCCAUCCUCGACGAGACUCCGCAGCGCUCGCUGGCCGCCAAGAACUUCAAGAAGACCAACAUCAUGAUGGGCAGCAACACCGAAGAGGGGUACUACUUCAUCAUCUACUACCUGACGGAGCUGUUCCGCAAGGAGGAGGACGUGUACGUGAGCCGCGACGAGUACCUCAAGGCGGUGCGGGAGCUCAACCCGUACGUCAACAACGUGGCCCGCCAGGCCAUCGUCUUCGAGUACACCGACUGGGCCAACCCGGACGACCCGAUCGGCAACCGCGACGCCCUGGACAAGAUGGUGGGCGACUACCACUUCACGUGCAACGUGAACGAGUUCGCGCACCGCUACGCGGAGACGGGCAACAACGUGUACAUGUACUACUUCAAGCACCGCUCCGCCGGCAACCCGUGGCCGUCGUGGACGGGCGUGAUGCACGGCGACGAGAUCAACUACGUGUUCGGCGAGCCGCUCGACCCGCGCAAGGGCUACACGCCGCACGAGGUCGAGCUGAGCCGCCGCAUGAUGCGCUACUGGGCCAACUUCGCCAAGACGGGGUGA